AUGUCUGCCAAAAACGUAUUCGUCAAGUUGAUCGUGGGCGCCGGACAGGCGGCACCGGCUCCACCGGUGGGUCCCGCUUUGGGCUCCAAGGGUAUCCGCCCACUACGCUCCAGGAACCCCAUCCCAAUUCUCAUGACGAUCAAGCCAAACAGAACCUUCACAUUCGAAAUGAAGCUGCCUCCUACGUCGUGGCUCCUUAUGAAGGCCGCUAAGGCCGAAAAGGGCUCCGGAAGAGCCACCCACGAGUUUGUUGGAGAGACGCUUUCGUUGAAGCAUAUAUAUGAGAUCGCCAAGAUCAAGAAGACCGACGAAAGACACAAGGACCUCUCGUUGCAGCAGAUAUGCGGAGGCAUUAUUCUGACUGCCGAGGCCAUCGGCGUCCGUGUCGAGCCAUAA